GCGCGCUGUGGGCGGGCAGCAGGCGAGCUGGAGACCCAAACAGUGAGGGGCUGAUCGGUGUUUGCGGAGGAUCCAGGCGGCCUUUGGCGGCGGUAAUGUCCCCUUGGGCCUGCCUUUAGAGGCUGUACUGUAACCCACAGCCACAGAGACCUCUAAGCACUGUCUGACCGACUCCCAUGGAAAUGGCUCAUAUUCGAGACUUCAGUAUCCAGAAUGCCCGCAUGGACCCUGAGGAGCUGUUUACAAAACAAGAACGGAUUGGGAAAGGUUCGUUUGGUGAAGUGUACAAAGGAAUAGAGAACAGAAGCAAAGAAGUUGUGGCAAUUAAAAUCAUUGACCUAGAGGAGGCAGAAGAUGAGAUUGAAGACAUCCAACAGGAGAUUACUGUGCUUAGCCAGUGUGAUAGCCCAUAUGUCACAAAGUACUAUGGCUCUUACUUAAAGGGCACCAAAUUGUGGAUAAUCAUGGAAUAUCUGGGUGGAGGCUCUGCAUUAGACUUGCUGAAACCAGGCCCCCUGGAGGAGACUUACAUUGCAACGAUCCUACGGGAAAUACUUAAAGGUUUAGACUAUCUGCACUCAGAACGAAAAAUUCAUCGAGAUAUUAAAGCUGCUAAUGUACUACUGUCAGAGCAAGGAGACGUGAAGCUUGCAGACUUUGGGGUAGCUGGGCAAUUAACAGACACGCAGAUAAAGAGAAACACAUUCGUAGGAACACCCUUCUGGAUGGCACCAGAAGUCAUCAAGCAGUCUGCAUACGACUUCAAGGCAGAUAUCUGGUCCCUUGGAAUAACUGCAAUUGAAUUAGCAAAGGGAGAACCCCCUAAUUCAGAGCUGCAUCCUAUGCGAGUUCUUUUCCUGAUUCCCAAGAACAACCCCCCAACUCUGGAAGGAAACCACAGCAAGCCCUUCAAAGAGUUUGUCGAGGCGUGUCUAAACAAGGAUCCCAAAUUCAGACCAACAGCAAAGGAGCUCCUGAAACACAAAUAUAUCCAGCGCUACACAAAGAAGACCUCCUACCUAACAGAAUUGAUCGACCGUUAUAAGCGCUGGAAGUCCGAGGGUCAUGGUGAGGAGUCUAGCUCUGAAGAUUCGGACCUGGAAGCUGAUGCAGAUGAACGGGAUCAGUGCCCAGUUUGGACUUUCCCCACUGUACGUCCCAGCACCUUAAGCAAGCUGCAGAACGGAAUGCCUGUUCCAACUUCUCAGAAGCCCUUGGAGCCCAUGAAAAGACAGCCAAAAUCAAAGUGCUUGACAACCCUGGUCAACCCCAUGUUCAGAGAGCUACAAGAGAAGCACAAAGUCAGCGGUGGGAAUCUGGGUGCCAUUGAAGAGCUAGAGAAUGCUUUUAACCUGGCAGAGGAAUCCUGCCCAGGUAUUUCAGACAAAUUGGUAGCACACAUGGUGGAGCGGGUACGAAGGUGAGUGAAAGCUAGCCAUGUUCACAAGAUGAAAGGAGUGAGCGUUUAAUUUUUGUGCAGUCCUGGCAAAACCUUGAUAUCUUUUCUGAGCUAGUACCGUUUAAUGCAUUGGGAUUAUACAAAGCACCGUGAAUGGGUUUAGUGGCUCACCAAACCAUUAUGAAGCCUAAACAAUGUCCUUCAGUUCACCUACUUCAUGAACAUGAGAACAAGGAAAAGAUUAUUAUGGUCCAUUCAGCCUGAUCCCAAGUUAAAACCAAGAUAACCCAGAUAAAUAUAAUGCAUUUCAUAAGAUAAACAGAACCAUCACUAUGCUUUAGAAAAUAAACUGAAUGGGGUAAAAAAGCAAAGGGAUCUUCAAAUAUAUCAUUUCAGGUCAGCAAAGCAAUUAAAAUGUUACCAAACGAUGAGGGUUUAUUUUCAAGUGUAUAGAAUUCUAAAGUUAUGUUAAACUUGUAUUGAAACCUAGUCAGACUGCAUUUGGAGCAUUCUGCAUCACAGUGGACACCAGACUAUUGAAUAGAGCAUGCAAACACUACAGAAAGUGUGAAAAAGGAUUAAGGAGGAGGGUACCAGAAUUGAGAAAUUGCAGCUAUUGAGAAAGAUUGAAUAGAGUCAUAGAGUCACGCAGCAUGAAAACCGACCCUUCAGUCCAACAGUCCAUGCUGAACAUAAUCCCAAACUAAG